ACUGGAUUAACAAUGAGGCCAAAGACUUUUCCUGCCACGGCUUAUUCUGGAAAUAGCAGGCAGCGAUUACAGGAGAUUCGUGAAGGCUUAAAGCAACCGUCCAAGUCUUCUGCUCAAGGGUUACCCGUGGGACCAAACAAUGACCCUUCCCUGGAUGCCAAGGUCCUGGGGGGCAAGGAUGCUGCCAGGCAGCAGCAGCAGAUGAGAGGCACCCCAAAGUUUGGACCUUACCAGAAGGCUUUGCGGGAAAUCAGAUAUUCUUUGUUGCCUUUCGCUAAUGAAUCGGGCACCUCUGCAGCUGCAGAAGUAAACCGACAAAUGCUACAGGAACUGGUGAAUGCAGGAUGUGACCAGGAGAUGGCGGUCCGCGCCCUCAAGCAGACAGGCAGCAGGAGCAUCGAGGCCGCUCUGGAUUACAUCAGCAAGAUGGGCUACUUGGACCCGAGGAAUGAGCAGAUUGUGCGGGUCAUCAAGCAGACCUCCCCAGGGAAGGGCCUGGGACCCACCAGCGUGGCUCGGAGGCCGAGUUUUGAAGGAACGAGUGACUCCUUUCCAUCGUACCAUCAGAUGAGCGGGGUGGCCUACGAGGGACCGGGCUUCGGGGCAGAGGGGCCAAACGUGCUGAAAGAAGUACCUCACCAAUACAUGGACUAUGUCUUCUCUGGACAGAGGCCGGCUCCCACCCACGGCCUGCCUGGCGGCCAUCAGCACCCACCCAAAGGAUACUGUGCAAACAUGGAGGCCCCGGGGCUGAGUUUCCCUGUAACUAACCAAGGGGGUACAGCUCUGCAGCUCCCAGGCCCUCACAGCCCCAACGGCCCACACUAUGGCCGAUCACACCUGAUGGUGCAGGGGGAACCUCUGGUCUAUGGCCUCCAGCGCAGCCCCUCCUUCCAAAACAAGGGGCCACCCGAGGCAGCUGGGUACACAAACCUUCCUGCCAAGGGCCAGGGGGCCCAGCCCAACGCCAGCCUUGUGUUUCCCCCCGGGGGCAUGGUGGCCGGGCUGUACCUGCCGUACCCACACCAUAAGCAGACCAGCCCCUCCUCCCACCAGAUGCAUGUGAUGGGCUCUCGAGGACAGGUGUUUGCGAGUGACAGCCCCCCGUCUAGGAACAGCCUGAACAUGGACUUGUAUGAGGUGAACAUGUGCAUGCCUUCCUCCUCUCUGUCCCGCCGGGACUCUCUUCAGAAGCCUGGCCUGGAGGCGGCCCCCCGCCCGCACGUGCCCUUCCGGCCCGACGCUUCUGUCCCCAGCAGAACCAGCUCCUUCAACAACCACCAGCAACAGAUGGUGGGGCCCAUCAGGGCAGGAGCCCCCAGCAAAGCCGAGCCCUCCAUGCCCUCACCCAACACCGUCACGGCCGUCACGUCCGCCCACAUCCUGCACCCCGUGAAGAGCCAUCGGGUGCUAAGGCCAGAGCCCCAGACAGCUGUGGGGCCUUCCCACCCUGCCUGGAUGCCGGCACCCAGCCCGGCCGUGGAGGGUCUGGAACCCAAGGAGGACCCCCCUCUGCCCCUGGGGGGUGCCAGUGGGUACCCUCUGGACAUGGAGAUGUGCUGCCCGCCCCCGCCCUACCCGAAGCACCUGCUGCUGCCGAGUAAGUCGGAGCAGUUCAGUGUGGACAGCCUGUGCGUGGGGCUGGAGCAGGGCCUCCGGGCAGGCCAGGCCACUGAGCCAUCCGAGAGGAGCGACCAGGGCCACAAGAGCGCCAAAGGGGACAAAGGAGGGAAGGACAAAAAGCAAAUCCAGACUUCUCCAGUUCCCGUUCGGAAAAACAGCCGAGAUGAAGAGAAGAGAGAGUCUCGCAUCAAGAGCUACUCGCCGUACGCGUUCAAGUUCUUCAUGGAGCAGCACGUGGAGAAUGUCAUCAAAACCUACCAGCAGAAGGUCAACCGCAGGCUGCAACUGGAGCAAGAAAUGGCAAAAGCUGGUCUCUGCGAAGCCGAGCAGGAGCAGAUGAGAAAGAUCCUGUACCAGAAGGAAUCCAACUACAACAGACUCAAGAGGGCCAAGAUGGACAAGUCCAUGUUUGUGAAAAUCAAAACCCUGGGUAUCGGUGCCUUCGGGGAGGUGUGCCUUACUUGCAAGGUAGACACACAUGCGCUGUACGCCAUGAAGACACUGAGGAAGAGGGAUGUCCUAAACCGGAACCAGGUGGCGCACGUCAAGGCAGAGCGGGACAUCCUGGCCGAGGCGGACAAUGAGUGGGUGGUGAAGCUCUACUACUCGUUCCAGGACAAGGACAGCCUGUACUUCGUGAUGGACUACAUCCCUGGGGGGGACAUGAUGAGCCUGCUGAUCCGGAUGGAGGUCUUCCCUGAACCGCUGGCCCGAUUCUACAUCGCGGAGCUGACGCUGGCCAUCGAGAGCGUGCACAAGAUGGGCUUCAUCCACCGCGACAUCAAGCCGGACAACAUUCUGAUCGACCUCGAUGGCCACAUCAAGCUGACAGACUUUGGCCUCUGCACGGGCUUUCGGUGGACUCACAAUUCCAAAUACUACCAGAAAGGGAACCAUGUUCGACAAGACAGCAUGGAACCCAGCGACCUCUGGGAUGACGUGUCCAACUGUCGCUGUGGAGACCGGCUGAAGACCCUGGAGCAGAGGGCACGGAAACAGCACCAGAGGUGUCUGGCACACUCCCUGGUGGGGACUCCCAAUUACAUCGCCCCGGAGGUGCUGGUGCGCAAAGGAUACACUCAGCUGUGUGACUGGUGGAGUGUUGGGGUGAUUCUCUUCGAGAUGCUUGUGGGGCAGCCGCCCUUCUUGGCGCCUACUCCCACAGAAACCCAACUGAAGGUGAUAAACUGGGAGAGCACACUCCACAUCCCAGCUCAGGUUAAGCUGAGCGCCGAGGCCCAAGACCUUAUCACCAGGCUAUGCUGUGCUGCCGACAGCCGGCUGGGCAGAGCCGGGGCCGAUGAGCUCAAAGCCCACCCGUUCUUCAGUGCCAUUGACUUCUCCAGCGACAUCCGGAAGCAACCAGCACCCUACGUGCCCAAGAUCAGCCAUCCCAUGGACACCUCCAACUUUGACCCCGUGGAUGAGGAAGGCCCAUGGGACCAGGCCAGUGAAGACAGCACCAAGGCAUGGGACACACUUACCUCUGCCAACAACAAACACCCGGAGCACGCCUUCUAUGAGUUCACCUUCCGAAGGUUCUUUGAUGACAAUGGAUACCCUUUCCGAUGCCCCAAACCCUCGGAAGCAGAAGCCACGUCGUCUGAGAGUGCAAAUGGAGAAAACACAGGCGUUGGGGACCAGACUGAGGGCUGCCAGCCUGUGUAUGUGUAG